AAACAUUAUAUUUUGUUUAUUUAUAUAAUAUUAAUGGGAUUUGUUUGUUUGUUUGUUAUGUUAUGUAUAUGUACUUAUAUAAGUUAUGUUAUUUUAUGUUAUGUUAUGUAGCGUUUGAAAUAAUGACAAGGCAAGAUAUUGUGUCCGUUUCCUCCACAAUGAACAACAUGACCUCAAAUUCGGCAAUAUUAUCCCAUAAACCUCCGCCUGUUCCUGGUAAAUACAUGUUGAACUUACCAAUGUGUGAAAGACAUCUUCUUCAAGACCUCGACAUUAAUGGUGUCUCAUGGGUUGAUUCUAUGCGAGCUUCUUCUCCUACCCACCUCAAAUCCAUCCCUUCCUCCAUUACAUCUUCGGAUUCUCUCGCAAUGCUGAAGCAGCCGUCUGCUCUGGAUAUGUUCGAGCAGAUUAUUAAGGCGUCAAAGGGAAAACAAAUUGUGAUGUUUUUGGAUUAUGAUGGCACUCUCUCUCCUAUUGUUGAUGACCCUGAUCGAGCUUUUAUGUCUGAUGCUAUGAGGAGGACAGUGAGAAAAUUAGCUAGAUAUUUUCCCACAGCAAUUGUGAGCGGAAGAUGUCGAGACAAAGUGUACAAUUUUGUUAAGCUGGCAGAGUUGUAUUAUGCUGGAAGUCAUGGCAUGGACAUCAAAGGCCCUGCUAAAGGGUCCAAACAUCUCAAGGGUAGUCAAGCUGUUCUAUUUCAACCAGCUAGUGAAUUCGUUCCAAUGAUUGAUGAGGUUUAUAAAGCAUUAUUGGAGAAAACUAAAUCCAUACUUGGAGCUACGGUGGAACACAACAAGUUUUGUCUAUCUGUGCAUUUUCGCUGUGUGGAUGAAAAGAAAUGGAAUGAACUCGCUCAUGAAGUCAGGUCAGUGCUCAAGGAAUACCCAAAGCUUAGACUCACUCAGGGUCGUAAGGUGUUAGAGAUCCGACCGACCAUCAAGUGGGAUAAAGGAAAAGCUCUAGAAUUUCUUUUAGAAUCACUUGGAUUGACCAAUUGCACUGAUGUUUUCCCUGUUUAUAUUGGUGAUGAUCGCACGGAUGAAGAUGCGUUUAAGGUUUUAAGAGACAGAGGACAAGGUUUUGGCAUACUUGUCUCCAAGAUUGCUAAGGAAACAAAUGCGUCUUACUAUUUACAAGAACCAUCCGAGGUGAUGAACUUUCUACAACGUCUAGUGAAGUGGAGACGUUUGUCAUUGAGAAGGCAAUUUAGAUUGUAAAUUAAGCCUUGUGAAUUUUCGUACUAUUUGACUCUCCUAAUCUGGAAAUUGUACAGAGAUGGGAUGAGGUUUCGGAAUGCAUUAAUCUUUGCUUAGAAAAUUUAGUAGGUACUAAGCAGAGAAGGAGAAAAAAAAAGUAUGUAAUGUAGAUGAUUAUAUUGUAACUUGUAAGUAUAAAAACAGGUCCAUAAAUAGGGGGCCCAAAAGUUAUGUGAUGAAUGCCAUGCAAUUGGCUCAAAGUAUUAAGAUUGUACAUAAUGUUGUAACUCAAAAGUACCUCCAGAUUGCAGGGUAUAUUAUGGUUUGUUGAGGGAUGUAAGUUGUAACCUUUUGUCAACUGGUAAUAAUAUUGAUUUUUACAUCU